UCUAAAUAAUAUAAACUAAGAAAAUGUCACUGGAAGAUUUCAAGAUCCUUGAAAAGUUAGGCGAAGGAGCAUAUUCCUCAGUGUACAAAGUUAAAAGAAUCGAGGACAAAGAAGACUAUGCACUGAAAUAAGGUAAGAAUGUCCAGCCUCUCGUAUAAAGAGAAAGAAAAUGCUCUCAAUGAAGUUCGAAUAUUAGCAAGUAUGAAGAAUAACUUUGUUGUUUCAUAUAAAGAAGCAUUCAUUGAUGAACCCAGCCAAAGCUUAUGUAUCAUCAUGGAAUUCGCAGACAAUGGAGAUCUGUUCCAGAAGAUAUGCAAAUGACAGCAACAAAACUGAGAAACAUAUAUGAGUGAGAAAGAAAUAUGGAGCAUUUUCAUCCAGGUCCUUCUCGGUCUGAAAGCCUUACAUGAAUUAAAUAUUAUGCACAGAGAUCUCAAAUAGCGCUAAUGUGUUUUUGUACAAAUAACGGAGCAGCUAAACUUGGAGAUCUGAACGUUUCUAAGGUAACUAAGGAAGGACUGAGCUAUACUCAAACCGGAACUCCUUACUAUGCAUCCCCAGAGGUUUGGAAGGACAAACCUUACGAUAAUAAAAGUGAUAUAUGGUCAUUAGGAUGAGUACUGUAUGAAGCAAUUACUCUCAAACCUCCCUUCAGAGCCGAUGAUAUGCAAGGAUUGUAUAAGAAGGUACUGAAAGGAGUCUACCCUAAAAUUCCAUCGCAGUUCUCUCAAGAGCUGAGCCUGAUCUUGAAGAAGAUGCUAACUGUAAAUCCUUCCAAGAGGCCUUCGUGAGAUGAGAUUUUAGAGAUUAAUUUUAUUGCUAAGAAAAUGGCCAAGUUGUUUCCUGAAGAAAUUCCGGCAUAUAAAAAUAUUCUGCUGACGACGAUCAGGUGUCCUAAGAAUUUGAUGUAUCUCACAGACAGAUUGCCCAACUCUUGUUAUUAUGAGGAUAGCAUGAAUGGGAGUGAAGCUAAGACUAUGUCAAAGUCACACCAUGGUUUGUCAAAUCAAGGUGGAGACAUGAAGCAUUCAAUCACUUAUAUCGGAUCUAAAAAGACCAAAGCUAGUUCGUCGAAUGACUCUCAGUACAUGUUGCCCAAGAUUGGUAAGAACGGAAGAAACAAGGUAGCCUCUCUCAGCAAAGAUCACAGCGGAGUUAUCCUUAAAAAGCGGGUAAGUGUGAAGAAGGGCUCUAAGAAUGACAUCGAAUCUCAUAAUCUCUCCCAAGAAGCUGCUGCUAAACGGAUAAGUACCAUUUCACCUGAAGUCGAUGGAUACGAAAAUGAUUUUGAGAGUGAGAAAGAGGUAAAAGUUCAUAAAACUCCAAUUAAAGGAAAGGAUUCCUCCCCUCGGAUUUUGAAAGAAAAUGAGAGUAAAAUUGGGGUGAACUCUAAUUCCACUGGUGAUCAGAGGAAGACACCUCAUGCUAGAAGAUCUGAGGUUCCUAAUAAGGAAGAGAAGAAGAGAGAUCCCCAUUACAUUAAUAUUUCCAAUCAAAACAAAGAUUCUCUAUCUCCAAUGAAACCUACCAAGGGAAUGUAUCUCAAAGGCACAGAUAUUGGGAAUAAGCCAAGCCAGAGAUUUGCUAAGAAUAACUUGAAGGAAGAGUAUAAGAACAAUCAUAGCUCAAGUGGUGAGUCCUUGCUUCUCAAAGGAAAUAAUGCAAACAGUUAUAUGAUUAAAAGAAAGAUUAAUAAGAGCAACUUGAUGGAUAACUCCAAGAACUCAACAAUGGAAAACCCUAAACAGAAGUAUACCCUUCGUAACGGAAGGAAGAGGGAAAAAGCACGGCUUGCUGAUAGGAAACAUUCAAACAUCUACAUUGAGAAGAACCUGUCCUACAGCCCAUCUAUGAUUCGUGGUAUCGGGAAGAGUUCUCAUACUCCAUCAUUGUUGAUCAGGAACAACCUAAAGAACAUUGAUAAGGUUUCGCCUUACAAGCAUACUUCCAAAAAUAGACAUUUGUAUAAUGGAAACUACUCAAUCAUCAAUAGUAGGCAUCAUAGCGAGGAUAAUCAUAAGAUGGAUUAUCUAAAAGACAGAAAGUAUCAUGAUGAUUCCUUGUACAAGAACAUGAUCAACUCCAAAGAAAGGAAGCCACAAUGGAAAAUAGACAAAAAGAAAAAUCCUCUAGGUAGUGGAUCCAAGUUCUCCAGCAUCAUUUCUCGUAAUGCUGGGGCUAAGAUUAGGCUACCUAAUCUUAAUAAUAAUGGGAACAAUAGUGACCGGACCAGCUUGUCUAUUAUGAGCUCCAACCUGUCUCAGAAGUACAAGUAUGAUAUUCUAAAUAUCAAGGGGAACCCAUAUUACCCAGUCAAGAACACAAUUCAUAAGUCCAGAAAUAUGAAUAUUUAUAACAGCAAUUCUGAAAUACAAGGGUCUGAUGUGAUUGGCAAAAGACUUGGAAUUUCAAAGAAGAAAUUAAUCUAGAAGAUUUGUUCUACUAUAAUUCCUUUGAUAAUAUCCAUUUUC